UUUCUUUUUCUUUUCUUACUAAUCCUUCAAAAUAAGAAAAAAAUGAAUCACUUACGUUUGGCUGCUCGUCGUGCAUAUUCUACUUCAGUCAAACCUGCUGUUGUUCCUCGAAUUACUCGUGGUCUUAUUGGUGCUAUUGGUAAUACUCCUUUGAUCCGAUUGAACCAUCUUAGUGAAGAAGUUGGCUCUGAUAUUUUAUGCAAGGCUGAAUGGAUGAAUCCUGGUGGUUCUGUCAAGGAUCGGGCUGCACUAUACGUUGUCAAGGAUGCUGAAGAAAAAGGAUUGAUUAAACCUGGAGGCACUGUUGUAGAAGGCACUGCGGGAAAUACUGGUAUUGGAUUGGCUCAUGUUUGCCGUGCCAAGGGUUAUAAAUGCGUGAUUUACAUGCCUAACACUCAGUCUCAAGAAAAAAUUGAUCUUUUACGUAUGCUUGGAGCUGAAGUUUACCCUGUACCUGCAGUUGCAUUUGAUAAUCCAGAAAAUUAUAACCAUCAAGCUAGACGUCAUGCGGAGAAACUUGAAAAUGCUGUAUGGACCAAUCAAUUUGACAACACAGCCAAUCGUCGUGCUCAUAUUGAAACCACUGGACCUGAAAUUUUUGCUCAAACUAAUGGAGAAGUAGAUGGUUUUGUCUGUGCUACUGGUACUGGUGGUACUUUAGCAGGAACUGCUAGAUAUUUGAAAGACAAGAAAGGUGAUGAUGUGAAAGUAUUUAUUGCUGAUCCUCCUGGCUCGGUAUUAUUCAGUUACUUUACUAGUGGCAAGAAAUUAUUUGAAAGAUCUGGUAGUUCUAUUACUGAAGGGAUUGGUCAAGGACGUGUGACUGAUAAUUUGGCACCUGAUGUGGAUUUGAUUGAUGGUGCUUUGACUAUUCCUGAUGAAGAAUCUAUCAAGAUGGUGUAUCGUCUUUUACAUGAAGAAGGUAUUUAUGUUGGUGCUUCUUCAGCUUUAAAUGUGGUAGCAGCAGUUGAAAUGGCUAAACAACUUGGAAAAGGCAAGAAAAUCGUUACAGUUUUAUGUGAUGGUGCUUAUAGAUAUCAAUCUCGUUUAUUCAGUCGUCAAUGGCUUGAAUCCAAGAAUCUUGCUACUGCUAUUCCUGAUCAUUUACAAAAGUAUGUUGUACUUCCUUAAUUUUGUUAUUAUCCUCUUUUUUGAUAUUACAUUGUUGUAUUCUUUUUUUUUUUUGAAAAUAAA